AACGGACUUCAUCAGCAAGCACGGCAUACGUAAAAUAUAUAUGCACGUACAGGAUAGAUAGAGACCACUCCGUAUACAUAGUCAUAGGUCUGCACUUGCACAUUGUACAUACAAAGUUACGUGAAGAAGAAAAACGUAUACACACACAUAAAUAAAGAUGAAGAGCUACUACUUGCUAUCGGUGCUGGCAGCCUCGUUCGCCAUCGCAUCUGGCGAGCGCUUAGAAUCCAAUGAAGCCCAUAUGGAAGGCGAAGUAGUGCUAGAAGCCGAUGGUGUUCAGAAACCACUUGCUGUGCAAGUAGAGCAAGCUGAGGAGCAGGCUAUUGGUGAUGCUGAUCACAAACAGAAAAUGCUCAAGGAGCAUCUGAUCAAGGGCCAGAAAGACGCCAAAGCCGAGCACGAUGAUUUUAUUGAGGAAGAUGGGUGGGAUCGACGUGGAUACCAUAUGUGGUCUAACCAGAAGGGCAAGUUCACACAACAGAUUGCGCAUGCUAUGGGAAUGAUUGGCACUACCGCAAAGCUGGGGCGCAACGUGGUCCUACCCGCCUUCUCCAUCCACGACCAAUCCGUUCAGCAAACCCGACUGUUGAAGUUCAACGACGUAUUUGACAUGACAUCCUUAAAGAUGUUCGAUCCUCGCUUCAUCACCUUAGAAGACUUCAUGGAAAAGUUUGGUGAAACCCGAUGGCCCGUAGACGAACGAUACGCAUAUUGCGAUGAAGAAUGGCCAUUAUAUGAAAAGUCACAGAACUGUAACCUAAAGACCACCCCCAAGGCCGCACAAUACUGGGACGCAUACAGCAUCGACUUUAUCGGAAAAAAGCCCUUCUCCCGCAAAACUCGUCCUGUGCCUGAGUCCGAUCCCGUGUUUGUCACAGGCUCGCUCGCGCGCUAUCCCUUGGAAACCAGGCUUGACUCGUUAUACGGCUACUUCCGAUGGAACCCUUACCUAUUAGAAGCCAGCAUUGACUACGUAGAGAAGUACCUUCCGCGGCCCUUCAUGAGUGUGCAGAUAGCGGGUGGCAAGUCAUGGGCUACAACGUGCGAGGCGGCGGUGUCAGGAGCGGACAGGAUCUUAGCAUCCCGUCAGUGUUUAGGCGAAAACGAAAAAAUCUAUGCCGGCCUGUGCAAACCCAGUGAAUACAAGAUGCUAACAGAUAUCGUUGACGUGGCCAUUAAGGAAAAAGUCAAGUCGAUAUUCCUGAUUGCGGACGCCAUCACAGAGCCGUUUAUUCCUAAUCUCCAGAAAAUGUUGGCUAAGCAGGAAAUGAGCGGUGUUAUUGUCAUCGCAGGCACUGGUAACGAGGUACUCGAUGUAGUCAUUGAGGAGUUGUCGGAUGUGUUCCUGGGCAACUGUGUCAACCCCGCCUCAGAGAUCAUCAUGAACUUCAGGAAGCACCACAUCCCCGAAGACGUACGACCCCCGACAUAUUACUUUGGGAAGAUUGAAGAGUAGUCUGAAUAUAUGGGCAGACGUACGACCCUACACAUAUAACGAUGGGAGAGGAGUCUAGAUUCAGAAUAACUAUGGACGGAUAUACAGCACUGACCAAAGAUGUACUUCAGUACAUAAGGACAAAUACUACAUAAAUAUAUAUGUAUACGUAUAUAAUGGGUGUAUGGAUGGUUGCAUGAAAUUAUCCUGUUAUGAAAGUUAUACGUUUAGUAUGCCUGGCCCUUCAAACUGCUCCUGGUAUCACUUCAAAGAGGCUGCAUGAACGAUCUAUGCAAACGUCACUGUAAACGCGAGUUGAGAACACAAAAGUCUGUCUGUCAUGUUCGCUAUAUAGAGGAAGGACAGCAAGCAUAUUUUGAGAGAUAUUCGAUGGCAAUCUAAUAAACCAAAUCAUUUGAUACCAAA